UAGAAGUUAAAUUGGUUGCCAUCUGACUCAGAAACAAUGUUUUUCUCUGAUUGACAUUAAGAAACGUUAAUCGUGACUAGGAGUUUUACUUAAGAUUUUAUUUCUCGAAAUAAUAAAUAUUUAUAUUCAAGAUGAGUUUUUCAAUGCCCCCAGUAAAAUGUAAACCUGAGGCACCUAUUACAUCUAUCAAAAAUCAUAAGGAAUAUGAAGUUGCUGAUACAAUGCUGAAUGGAUUAGCAAAUACACAGGCUUGCGUAGAUGUCCCUCAUCCUCUAAUGCUGUCUGAGGCAAAUUAUUCAAAACAUCGUAACAACUUAGAUAUGACUAUUCUCCGUAAUACACAAGGAUUACAUGCUCCAUUGAGAAUUGGAAUGGAAAUCAAAGCUGCCAAAAAGGUUGGUCGUCUUCCUUUCUUGACAUCUUCAAAUAUAAUGUUCAAUACAUUGAAAGGAAGAGAUAUUGAUAUUGGACCUGAAGAUAUUUUCAACCAACCAGAAUUUAGUGAAGUUAUGGGUCAGCCUCAUGCUAUGGUAGAGAGAUCAUUAGGCUUACUUUAAGAUAAAUUUAACAUUUCGAUUGUUAGCUCUAUUCUUUUCAUUGUAAUAAAAAAAUGUCAGUAA